AUGUUAAAACUUAAUACAAUUACUGAACUUAUAGCGUCUCCGUGCGUAAACGGUAACAUGGGAUACUUUGAGCGCCCAGAACGCGUAGUCUGUUAUCACAUUAUAAAUAUUUCUGAAGAAAUUUUGGUAAACGACAAUAAAUACAAGAAAAAACUACCGCUUGAAUUGUUGCCAGGAAGUGUUCUUAUCAUUCUCAUGAAACCAGCGAGCCCUAGCACGAACUUUUCUGCAGUGAUAGAACUCGGGAAAUUCGAGGCUCAAAAAGAAAACAACAACGAAUUAGUGGAAAAAUCCGAGUCAGAGGGAUGCGAAGGCACUACAGGAACCACAUCCUGUCGGAAACAUCCGCAUAAAGGCACUGCGCUCAGUUCGACUACUCCUCAGAACAGCACCGAAAAUGCUGGUAUUACAAUGAUAUCUUCCAUCAAUGAAACGGAAAACAAACAUAAUGAAACUUCUCGGCUCAGUGCUACCAACGAAGGGGAAGGUCAGCAUAGAGGACAUGAGGCUUCUGGGAAACAAGUGAAGGGAAAAGGUUAUACCAAAAAUGGUAGUCAGGAAAAAGGGAAAGAGAAAAUAUUUUUACUGGUUUAUAAAGACGGAUAUCAUUCGACUGAUUAUCCCGCACCAGAAGACUUUCAUGGUGUCGAUUUCUUUACUAUUCAAGGAAGUGUAAAGAUUGUGGAAGUUCUUGUUGAUUACUUCUUUGAAGCUGGGUCUAGACAUACUGUCAGACCAAUUUUUAGCUUGCAGUGUAAUCUUUCUUAA